CUGGGUUCGUAUGUCAAGUAUGUGAGCUCCCCAUAAUUACCGGAUCUGCAUAUCACCCGAAACGGGAUCUCACCGUAACCGGUAUCCCACCGGGAUCGGUAACCCACUGGAUCGGGAUCCCACCAGGAUCAGAAUCUCACUAGGAUCAAAAUUGUAUCGGAAUCUCACCGAAACGGGAUCCCACCGGAUUGGGAUCUCAUUUAGUUUGGGAUACCACCAGAAACGGAUCUCACCGGGAUCGGUAUCUUACCGGGAUCAGGAUCCCACCAUGACCAGGAUUCUAUCAGAAUCACAUCGGGUUUGGGAUCCCAUCAUGAUCCUUCCGGGUGCCAUCGGAAAACGGGAAAAACGAAAGGUUUACAUAAGUUAUUUUAAUUGUUUUUAAUAGGAGACAAAUUAAUUAUUAUUAUUUUUACUAUAGUGUUGUUGUUUUGUUGUUGACAUUUCCUUUAAUAGCAAUGUGAACUAAAAGGACGUAGCAGAUGUUUUUGUCUGAAUGCAGCCCCGGGCAACUCCGGUUAUAGUUGAUAGUAAAGUUAUAAAAUAAAUACAUCAUUUAUUUUAACAAGAUUCAUCCAAUUGGGCAACUUUUAUAAAGUAUCUUUAAAGACAGAAGAGUUAUCCUUGAUUUACCACAAUGGCUCCGUAAAACACGAAAGAUUCAUAAAAAUGUACUUUUUUUAUCUCGUAUGGGUGCCAUCGGAAAACGGGAAAAACGAAAGGUUUACAUAAGUUAUUUUAAUUGUUUUUAAUAGGAGACAAAUUAAUUAUUAUUAUUUUUACUAUAGUGUUGUUGUUUUGUUGUUGACAUUUCCUUUAAUAGCAAUGUGAACUAAAAGGACGUAGCAGAUGUUUUUGUCUGAAUGCAGCCCCGGGCAACUCCGGUUAUAGUUGAUAGUAAAGUUAUAAAAUAAAUACAUCAUUUAUUUUAACAAGAUUCAUCCAAUUGGGCAACUUUUAUAAAGUAUCUUUAAAGACAGAAGAGUUAUCCUUGAUUUACCACAAUGGCUCCGUAAAACACGAAAGAUUCAUAAAAAUGUACUUUUUUUAUCUCGUAAAAUUUGUUAAAUUGUUGUAUUCCAAUAAAAAGAUGGUAUAUAACUUUUAAAAUACUUUUUAUAAAGAAUUAACAUAAGUUUACACGGGAAACUAAGAGAUUCAAACAGAAAUAAUAUACGCACCUGAACUGCACUUUUACCGAUUUAAAGAUACAUUCGUGAAAUUUGAUAAAAAUAUGGCAUUCGUCCUUAAAAUUUACCUAUAAAAGUCUUACGGAAGUCCAAUUUACAUUUGUUAGCCUUUUUAAAAUUAAGUCCUACUUCAACUUAGUUAACUUAGUACUUAGUUUAGUACUCUAAGAAUCCUAAGAAUAAGAUUAAGAAAGAAGUCUAGACGCCUAGGCUUAGGAGCAGAUCUAACUUAGACUCGGUAACUUUAACUCUAAACCAGAAUCCCUCUUCUCUAGUCUACUCUUAGUAAGAUGCUCUUACUCUUUAAAUUCAUUAACAUUAUUAUGUAUUAAAUUAUCAUAAUAAAUAUAAUAUAUUAAUGAAUUUGUGAAUUUCAAUUUGUGUUCCUUUGCUUGAUACUAUUACUGUACUGUACUUACUAGUACAUAGUAUUUAGUCAUAAUUUGUAUUUAAAUUAAAAAUGUAUAUACAUUAAUAGUAUAGGCUAUAUAUUCUUACAUUUAUCAAAAUACAAUAAUUAUUUAAACGGUGUUAAUAUAAAUAAACCAUACCACCCAAAAUUAAAUACAAAGAGUCGACUCAUUAUCAAAAUCCAAUAUAUAUUUACAUAAUAACAAAACUAGAAAGGGAUAUGUAGUUUACAGUAUGUAGCAAGGCUGAAUUAUUUGUAAAAAGUCUAUUAGUUUAUUGGCAUUACCAUCUGGUCUGGAUGUUCAAGGUAUUACUAUAUGCACUGAUAAAUAAAUUGUCUCAAAACUAAAAAGAAAAAGCUUUUUCAUUGUUUUAGAAUUUUCUUUGAAAAAAUACAUGUUGAUAUUUUUUAUUUUAGAUUUUAAGCCAAGUUUGAUGAAAGUUCUCAUUUAAAAGACAAUGCCUGCUGUACUGGAAGAUCAUGGAAUACGAGAUGUGUGGGCCUCAAAUAUGGAGGAAGAGUUGCGCAACAUUAGCCGAGUUGUCAAAACUCAUAGAUACAUUGCUAUGGUACGGAAUAAUCUGGAGCAAUUCUUAAAAUAUCUUUAAAAAUAAACACAUUUUUCCCUUUCCCUUUUUUUCCAAAGAAGUUAGUAUCAAUUAGUAAACAUAUAGAUUCCGUUUAGAUUUUCUUUUAAGUUUAAAUGAAUGAAAAUUAGCAUAAUAUUAAAUGAAAAUAUCAUUAUGUGACUGCGCUAACAUUUAAAGACUUUUAUUUUCAGGACACUGAAUUUCCAGGUGUUGUUGCCAGACCCAUUGGAGAAUUUAGAUCAACCCAAGAAUACACAUAUCAUCAAAUGAAGUGUAAUGUGAAUUUGCUGAAAAUUAUACAAAUAGGAUUUACAUUUUUUGAUGAAGACGGAAACAGAGCCCAACCAAUUUCUACAUGGCAAUUCAACUUUAAGUUUUGCUUAGGGUAAAAGAUUUUGAAUUAAUUUAGAUGUUUUAGAUAUUUCUGUAUUUCAUUAGGUAUUCUAAAUGAGCUGCCAAGAUUUGCGCUGACAAGUAUUUUGUUGUUCAAUCGGUUGCACUAACUCAUGGAGAAAAUAUAUCAUUAUAUAAAUGUGUGUUUAAAUAUUUAAUUAUAUUUAUUUUGUAGCAAUGCAAUUUGUUUGGAAGGGGCUGUAAAUCAUUUAAGUGUCAUUGUAUUAACGAUUCAAACAAAGUUUUUUCUAGGUUGAAUUCUUCCAGAAGAUGAACGGAGUGGUUUAAUUUUAGUGUAGAUAAUUUUUAAACUGGAAAUUAUCAUUAUUUUGAUUAGGUAAUUCAUUUUAUAAAUAAAUUUAUUUGAUAUCAUGCAAGAAUGGGAUCAAAUGUUAAUUAUUCUUGUUCUUUAAAUUUUAAAGCAAGUUUUAUAAAUUAGGUGCAUAAUGUUUCCCCUCAUUUUGUAAAUGCCUUAUUCCUAAAUUUAUCUUACAGAGCAUUAUAUGCACACUAGCUACUAUUUUAGGUAGAUUCCUACUGAAUUUUGGCUGCCAUUUGAUCAUUUUCAACAAAGUUUCAGUUUCAGGUUGGUUGCCAGCAUGGCAAGACUACAGUUUGUUUUGUUGUCACUAUGUUAAAUAUUACUACAGCUUUAUCCAGUGAGCUAUGUAUAAAAAUACAAAGCAUUAGUAUGUUGAUAGCCAUGAAAUAUUGUAGUGAUAUUUUUAGCCUUAAUAGGCCUUAUAAGAAAUCAUGGUAAGAGAUUUUUAGGUGACAGUUUGCUCUAUUAGAGACAGUCAGGAUAAUUAUUGUAGAAUAAAUGCAUAAAUGUAGGUACAUUCUAGUAACUCCUGCUAUGCUGUCAUACACAUCCUCAUUGUGUUCAUAAAAUAUGGACUGCCCCUUACAUUGACAGGGUGCAGGAGGAAAUAUAAAAAUAUGUUGUUGUUUUUUGUGUGCGUUAUAAAUGGAUGUCCGAUUGUUUAAUCAACUCUGGCAUUCAAAUUUGGCUACAUUGACGGACAUGCACAUUGCAAGGAUAAUUUUAAUGUUACUAUCAGCAUGGAAUCGGUGCUCCUUUUUCAAGACCACAUAUUUUUGUUUAAAUCAUUCUUGACUGCUCCGCUCAGCAUUGUUAGAUUUUGACAUUUCUAUAAGAUCUAGUAAGCGCCAUUUAAAAUCUAAUUUUAGAAGUCACUAAACAGCUGUACAAUUUAAUACCCUUGUUUGUUCUAUCACUUCUCUUCCCGUCUCCCAAUACUGCUCGCGGUAUUUUUAGACCACAAUAUGUUAACAGAAAAUAAAAUCAGGUUCCUAGGCUUAAUGCAUGGGUGGGCCACGGCCCCCAUGUUAAAUGUUGUGUCCCGCAAGAUGCAUCACAAAUCACAAUCACAUCUUCAUUCAAAUAACGAUUAUUUUAACUUGUGGCAUAAACGCACAUUUUUUAUUUAUAUACACCAUUUUUUGGGAUGGUGUGCGCCAUUUCGGUGCACCCAUCCCCCAUUUUGGACUGAUAGAUUAAAAUAAGUAAUAAAUUAUAAAACAAUUUUUUAAGUUUUAUAGACUACCAAAAUAAAAAGGAUUUAUUCAAACAAAGCUAGGUAAAGGUAGUUUAAUUUUUCACAAGGACUAUGGUUAAGUCAAGAAUGAAGCAAAAUUAUAUUCAGGUACAAAAUAUAAAGGUAUUUAAAAGUGCAUCUCUGCGUUUUGCAUGUAUAUAAAAAAAUCUGGGUGGGGGAAGGGGAGCUCAGUCUCCUCCCCAAACCCCAAUUGUUUUGGAGGGCACCCUCAGUUUCUGCUCCCUCACCACAUCUUCGUUAAUCAAAGUGGAAAGUGACGGGCACAUUGUUAUUUGCAAUAAUGCACUGUAUCUAAAUAUAUAAACGUCAGUCAUCUACUUUGAGAAGUUACCUUUAUUAGACAUUCCAAUAGUUAUUGUAUACAUUAAAGCCAUAGGAUUUACGAGAUGUUUAUCUAGUAAAAUUCACAAUAAUCUUUUUUUUAUAUACGCGGAAUGUAUGCAGGAACGAGUUUUGAAAUCUCUAAAUCUUUUAAUUUAGGCCAAAAGUCUCGUUAAAAUUUUGGAUUCGAAUUUGGCCAAAAGUCAUUUUUAACUUUUUGUCUUGUUUCGGUAUCACCUUCAGUCUGUCUAAAAUUAUUGGCAUAUUGUCUGGGGAAUGGGAGGCAGUUAAAGUCUUGUAAACUUGUAUGUUUACAUUUCAUAUUCCAGUGGAUGCAGUGGCGUAGCUAGGGUUGGUGUCACCCGGUGCGGUCCGCACCCCCCGCACCUGCCUCGCUACGCCACUGAGUGGAUGAAACUUAAAACCUCUCUAAGACUUUGUAAUUUAGCAACAAAUAUCAUCACAAAAGAAUUGGAAGACUCAGAACACUGCCUUAAGGCCUAAACAGAUUGUCAAGAAAAACUUGAUUUCAGCCACUGGUGCAGGUAAUAGUAGUAAUAUUGUUAGUUAUUUUUGCAUUUUGUUAUUAUAAUGCUAGAUGUGACAGGAUCUUAAAUGCAAAGUUGAUAAAUAUUACAAUUCAAAUCAUUUUUUAAAUACAAAUAAUAUCUUCUUUUUCUCAGGAAUGGAUAUCUGAAAUUUGGCCGGAAACCAGUGUAAGGAAAUAUACCCAGACCCAUAAAGACAUACAAAUAGAGGCAUUAGACUUCAAAUAACUUAUCUAUUAGGCCUAUCUACUUAGUCAUAUAAUUUUGAUAGAAAUUUAUAAAGUUAGAAAUUCUCAAUUUUGAAAUAACCCUUUUUUGGGAUAUUUAAGCAUUAUUUGUAUUUUUUAAUCUGACUGUUUAUUUCCUAUUAAAAGAUUAUCAUUUUCAAAAAUAUGGUGAAAAGGUUGUUUAGUUAUUUUACUUGGUUAAUUUUGUGUGAUUUUAUAAAGUUCUCUAAAAAUAUAAAUUUUUGUGAACAUGCUUGGUUAAGAUAAUUUUAUAAUUAUAUAAAUAUUUAUAAAUAUAGACAAAAAUUUAAUAUAUCCUCUUUCUGAUAAUUUCACAUUAAUGAACAUGCAAUUUCAUUUGAGAUUAUGUAAAUGUUAUAUUUUUAACUCAUUUAGUUAGCUUUUAAAUGAUUUUUUAAAGAUGUGCUAAAAUUAACUUUUUUGUCUUCCUUUUCAUAUUUUGUCAAAUUGUGUGCUUCGUUUCAUUUUUUGUAUAAAUAAACAUCUUUGUCACAUCCCUAAAAAAAAAUUGAGUGUUAUAUUGUAUAACUGGCUUUGUUUGCAAUAGAUUUAAAAGUUCCAGCUUAUUUAUUAUAGAAAGUAGCAGGUGUCAAAAAUACACUCUUGAAUGUUCUAAGAUUUGAAGCUGUUCCCGAGUUUUAAAAUUUCAUAACUUUCUUAAAUUUAGAGAUGCAGCAAUAAAAUUGAUGGUCCUGUUCUGAUGAAGCCAGGCUCUAUUGAGGGGAAUAUUUGGAUUUUUAUUUAAUUUCAUUAUGAAAAUUUCAUUUAGAGUACCUAAUGUAAUAUUCAUGAAAGGUGGAAUUAAUGUCACUCAAAAAUAUUUGAUAUCUUAAUGAUAAUUUAAAACCUGUUUGCCAGUCAGAUAUUUUAGAAAACUUAUUUGAGAGGUUUUUGUUUAUUUAAUAAAAAGGGAUGGUAGCAGUAUUUAACACCUACAGCCUGACUUACUUCAAUUACUAAUUACAAAUUUAUCAAUGGAAGUUUGAUGUAUGUGAAAUUUCUUUACUAUUGUCAAAUAAAAUAUAAGGGGGGGGGGGGGCUUUUAAAGUUGCUUUAUUUUCAAUAUGCCAGACACACCCCCCCCCCCCCCCCCCCCAUAAGACAGCGCUCAGCAAAGGGGAGAGUGUAAAUGAAAUCUUUAUGUUACUAUGUUAUAUGGACACCAUUCGAUGGUCAGUGGAUAAAUAAGAUUAAAAUCGAUUGAUGCCGAUCAUUGUCAUGUGGAUGUAAAGUGUUAAUGAGGAUGACUGUUUUCUAAAAUUAAACUUGAAUUGAAAAUAAUGAUUUGGAAUUUUUACUUUUUACUCAUUUUAGUGAUGACAUGUAUGCCCAAGAAUCUAUCGAACUUCUGAGAAAAUCAGGGAUACAGUUUGAGCGCCAUGAGCGAGAUGGUAUGGAUCCCUUUGACUUUGCAGCUGAAUUAAUUGGGGCUGGUGUUGUUCUUCAACCAAAUGUGUUCCUUUCAUUUCACAGGUAAUAAUAAUUUAUACAUAUUUUUAAUAUUUACCCCACAAAGACUUAGUUCUUUGUACUUCCAUCGGUUACCAAAGUAGCAUUGUAGUAAAAUAAAAUAAUUUUAAAUGCCUUUAUGAUUUUCACCACAAAUUCAUUAAAGGAUAAUCGCUAAUUCUUGGUACUCCUCAUUUCUUUACAAGAAUAAAGUUUUCAGCAAAAUUUAUGUAUAAAUUUACAUUAAAUUAUAAAGAACUGUGAAAAAUACAGUUUGAAAACAAUGUACAAAAUUUAUUUUGGUCUGAUAUAACAGUGCAACCUUAUAUUGGAAUUUUGAAAAUAAGAACUCUUUCUUAAAGAUUUUAAUAAUUUAUUUACUUCUCAUAUUAAAGCUUUAAAACACCAAUAGUAUUUGUAGGUAAUUUUUCAUUAGUGUCAUUGUAGACAUCAUGGGUACUAUAUGUUUUCCCCCUACCAGUGCAGUGGUCUGUCCAAUAUGGCAGCUGUGCAGGAAUGGGUCCUUGGUAUGUGCUGGCAGGGACCUAUGAAGUCUGCAGGGGUACAUACCUGCCUAACCUGUACUUGCCCCACCAAUAUUGUGGUGAAAUAAGUUAGGCAAAGAUGAUAGGAGCAGGGUUAGGGCUCAUGAUUACUGCUGCCUCAAAAGGAGUGUAGAUAACAAAGGAGUUAUCGAUGACAAAAAAGCUACCCCCACCCCCAAGGACAGAUCUCCUAGGCAGCUAUGUCAUCCCCUUCAUAGGCUAAUACUUGUGUUGUGGUUUUUAUGUAGGGGAGUGCCCAGUACCACUUUAGAAAUAACGACUACUAGUAUCUAAGUGCUCGACAACUCUGAAGAAACCUUCUUAGAAGGUGUCAGUGAAGAUCCCCCUAUCUGCAUUGACCAAAAACAUAGGACCUCAAUUUUGCCCCAGGUGUGGCGUGGGAGAUAAUAGUGGUCUGAUAUGUAAGGUCUGAAUUAAAGGAAACUACUCCUUUGGCAUUCCUGGGGUAGCCGUAUGGUUUGUCACUAGGGCAAAAUAUCCUUGGAAGCUGCCUCACUUCAACUUCCUCUGUAAAAGGAACGGAAAUUCUGCUGGAUAGGGCUCUCAGGGGUCCAUCAGAGCUUCGGCUCUGGUACUGACGUCAUUCCUUAUGAACAAUUUUAAAUAUGAUUUAAAUAAUUCAUCAUCAUGUUAGUAAUAUAAUGUUUAAGUUGGACUGAUUUUUUUGCUGUUGGGAUUUUUAUCUCUCUUAAUGUUAAGCAAUAUUGAAAAAUUAAAAAUCCCAUUGAAUACCUCUAGUUUAAGUUUUAAGAUUUCCGCUCCUCAAUAAAAUUCAGAACCUUAAACUUAGACAGAAUAAAUUUAUAAACUUACAUUUUUGAGUUUUUCCUAGCAUACAUUCAAUUUUCAUUAAGUAAAUAUUUACAUAUUUUGGAGGCAGUAUUUUAAAAUUCAAAAAUUCACUUUAUACUACCCAGAGUUAUGUCACCUUGACUAGCUUAUUCUAAAACUUUAUUCAGUGAUCAAGGUGAUUAUUCUUACAUUUACUAGGUUACCUUUAAAAAUAAAAUUACUGACACUUUUAAAAUAUGAAACCUAACCUAAAAAAAAAUCUAUUUUCAUAAUGAAAGGCUAAAACCUCAAUGCCAUAUUUAAUUUGAAUUGAAAAAAUGUUUAUUAUUAAAGGUUUAUUAUUGACACACCCAUUAUGCUUAUGACCUGAGAAGACGCUCUUCUUUGCAUAACACUCCUUAAUAUUUUUAGCAUGCAUGCACUUAUUUAUGAGUUUUAAAUGAUAAUUUUUAAUAUCAUAAUUUGUGUUAUUUUCAGUGGAUAUGACUUUGGAUACUUCAUUAAAAUGUUACAAAACAGUGAUUUAGAAGAAGAUGAUGAAGAAUUCUUCUCUAAACUUCGCCUGCAUUGCCCUGAUAUCUAUGAUGUUAAAUAUUUGAUGAAAUCCUGCAAAGAUCUUAAAGGUGGUUUACAAGAGGUAUCAGAUUACCUGCAGGUAAAGAAAUUUCAUACCACUUAAACCAUCUUACUUUUCAUAUGUUUUUGCUCUUAUGCUCGAAAUCUGAAGAUCAUACAUUUUUUUUUAUCAUUAUAGAUUAAUAGCUUUAGAAGUAUUGAGACCAUUUAAAUUGCAUUUUCUACAUUACUAGUCAUUAUUUCCUUAUUUUCAGAUCAAGCGAGUGGGCCCACAACAUCAGGCAGGCAGUGACAGCCUCCUAACAGGAAUGGCUUUUUUCAAAAUGAGAGAAGUGGGUGAAUUUUUAUAUUAUUUUAACCUUAUUGCCACUAUUGUGACCAAAUGCAACAUUACACACCACCACCACCACCCACUUUUAAGACCACCUCUUUUAACACCACUCACUUUUAACACCACCCACUUUUAAUAAUGGCUUUUUUCAAAAUGAGAGAAGGGGGUGAAUUUUUAUAUUAUUUUAACCUUAUUGCCACUAUUGUGACCAAAUGCAACAUUACACACCCCCACCACCACCCCCCCCCCCACCCCCACUCGCUACUAAUACAGCCAAAUGCAUCAUCAAACCUAGCAAUGUACGCUUGAGAAGCAUUGAUUCUGUGCCAAUAGCUUUUGGAUUUUUAAAAAGUAGGAAUAGAGCCGAUUUUGUUUUUAAAAGAAUUGAUGUUUCUAUCAUUUAUGGUUUGAAAGCUGCAUGGUGUUGAAGUUAGUCUUGAUUUUGUGAUUGUACUUUAUGAGAUUCUUGGCUCUUUGAUUCUUGCCUCAACUUUUAAUUAUUCAGCAGAUAAUAAUUCUUGUAAUGAAGACAAAUCAGACAUUGACCAAAAUGCAUUGAAUUUAACUCAGAAUUGUAAAAUAAUACUGAUGAAAGCAACAUUGAGAACAUUGAUCAAGACUCUGUCACUCAGUCUUGGUCAGACAAUUUAACCAGUUUAAAACUGACAUAUUUACUGAGAUAGAAGAUGGCAUUCAUAACCUUCUGAUUGAAAGCAGUAUAGUAGACUACGGUUCUUAAAAGUUAAAACUGGUGGAAACCAACAGAAAGCUGGCUGCCAAGGGCAGAAAAGACACCCAGUGGAAGGCUGUUUCUAAUGAGGUUAUUUACAAAUUCUUGUAUAUAAAUGUUAUCUGUGGGCUUCAUAAAUAGGCUGCUACUAAAUUGCACCAGUCUUCUGACAAGCUUUGGAGGGUCUCUGCAGUUGCAGAUGCUGUGGGGGUGCACCUGUUAUGAAAAAAUAGGACAGCAUUUUCACAUCAAUAAAAGUGAAAACAUUCUGGCCAAGAACUAUGAUGAUCCCAUGUACAAAAUAAGAACACUACUCGAUCAUAUUCGGAAUGUGUGCCAAACAGGUCAUAAACCACAUUGAAAGAUGUCUGGAUAUGAAGCAAUGUUUGGUUUUCGUGGUUGCUUAUCUUAUCAUUCAAGCAGUACUGAAGCAACAAGCCAACUCCAUUAAGCAUCAAAAUUUGGUGCUCCGCAGCAGCGAAAACUGGAUCUGUUCUUAACUGACAAGUUUAUAAUGGAAAAAGUAACAAUCCCUCGAAUCAUGGACUGGGAUAUAAUGUAGUUGUGUCAUUGAUGGAACCAUUACUUGGUAGGUAUUAGGGGUGUGCCGGAUCCGUUUUUUCCAACCGGAUCCGGAUCCGGAUUUUCUUAUGCGAAAUCCGCCGGAUCCGGAUUCCGGUUUCUCCCGGAUUCCGGAUUUUGGUACUAUUGGUAGAUACUUCGGUAAGUCAAGGUGGACUACUACUUUUUGUGUAUGGGAAUUCGCAAUCGGCGCCAAAAAAUCCGAGUUUUUAAUUUUCCGAUGUGUGUGUCUAUUUAUUAUUAAAUUAGUACUUUCGAUAUAUAUUUGAGUUCCGUUCCAUUUGGAUAAGUGUCUUACGAGAGACGCCAUGUUUCUACGCGUUCGCAGCAGGUUAUGCAGCUCGCUCAACCUAAUUUCGCCAUGGGGUUGGCCACGCCCCCCUUUUUAAUGGCGGAAGUUGACGAUACUUAGGAAAUAUUAAUUUAUUAUCACUAUUUACAUCAAAAUAAUUGAUAACUUGUGUUUCAGAAUGCAUUUAAAGACAUUUAAACUGGAAUGUUUUAAUUUGAGCUUUAACAACCCGGUAGAAUCCAUAUUAUAAAUGAUCAGAAUUUACCGUGUGCAACACGUUGUCAUUGGCAACCAUUCACAGCCACUUGCAUAACUGUAUCGUAGUACUACCUCAGAGUUUCAUUCAUAAGAGUUUGCCGUGUGCAAAAACUAUUAAACCAUUGGUCAGGGAAAGCUUUAAUUAAUUAUUCAUGUGCCAAAGUUGAAAGUUUAAACUAAGUCUAAACAGUAUUUUAGUGAUAAGGCAGGGAAUGCGUUGCCUUAUAUAAACUAUAUAGUCAUUGCGCAUGACGGGAUUGGUGGAAUGAGAUCACAGAAUGUGGAGAUGCAGUCCAUGUUAAAAAAUGACAAACCAAGUCGUACUUUAAAAAUUCAUAACUUUAAAACUACAACAGCUAAAAAUAUGAUUUUGGUGUUAUAAUUCUUUAAAAAAUUACAUCUUUUCAACUAUGCCAUUGGUUUAUUUUUACAAAAAGUUUAAAUUUUCUUAUCAAAGUCCCUACACUAUUGGCCACUAUUAGCGGUGCUGACUCUAGCCUCUGGUAUGUACGGAAUAUUAAACAUUAAACAAGCUCAACGCUCGAAACAAUCGAUUAAUGUAUCGUGAUCGUGUGAAAUUCGGGAAAGAGAAUUACUUUUAUUUCAGAUUAUGAUCCGGUGAGUCACAAAAUCUGGCAAAUUCCGAAAUCCGGUAUAUUCCGGAUUCCGGAAUCCGGUUGUUCCGGAUACAUGUAAAUCCGGCGGAACCGGAUUUCACCGGAUAGUGCAAAAUCCGGCGGAACCGGAUUCCGGACCGGGGUCCGGCACACCCCUAGUAGGUAUCACUUGAAGUGUCUAUCGCUGAUUUAUUUUCCUCUCCAAAACUCUCAGAGGUCCUCCUAGCAAGAAAAACGUAUAGCUGUGCAACCAUUAGCCUAAGCAGAAAAGGCUGGCCCCUACAAAAGUCAAAACAGAAGAGGGGAAGUAUACAAGGUUUAAUGCUUGCCACACAAUGGACUGAAUAAUUCCCAGUAAACAUUAGAAAUUCUGUCCCAGUAGUGACCGCAGUUCAGCACAGGUGAAAAGAUGGAAUUAUGGAUACAGAAAUCCCAAUGCAAGUUGUAACUUACAAUUCUGGUAUGUUUGGGGUGGACUUAUCAGACCAGCAAUGGCCUAUUAUCCUGUGGGCCAAGCAAGUACAAAGUGGUGGAGGCAUAUGUUCUGGUAUCUCAAAGAUCUGCCAGUGAUCAAUAGCGUUCUCCUUAUGGAAAGUGCUAAACUAUAUGUUGCCUCAGUCUCUCCAGCCCAAAGCCAUCUUAUGUUUCGUAAAGCUAUAAUUUGUAAUAGACCAACUUUUGACUGCAGCUACCAAAUGCAGGCAGCCUGACACACCAAGUAUCUCUGGCAGAUGGCAGUCUGACACACCAAGUAUCUCUGGAAGAUAUCAUUCUGACACAUCACUGACACACCAAGUAUCUCUGGCAGAUGGCAGCCUGACACAUCACUGACACACCAAGUAUCUCUGGCAGGUGGCAGUCUGACACACCAAGUAUCUCUGGCAGAUGGCAGUCUGACACACCAAGUAUCUCUAGCAAAUGGCAGCCUGACACACCACUGACACACCACAUAUCUCUGGCAGAUGGCAGCCUGACACACCACUGACACACCAAGUUUCUCUGGCAGGUGGCAAUCUGACACACCAAGUAUCUCUGGCAGAUGGCAGUCUGACACACCAAGUAUCUCUAGCAAAUGGCAGCCUGACACACCACAUAUCUAUGGCAGCCUGACACACCACUGACACACCAAGUAUCUCUGGCAGAUGGCAUCCCUCCACAACACUGACACACCAAGUAUCUCUGGCAGGUGGCAGCCUGACACACCACUGACACACCAAGUAUCUCUGGCAGGUGGCAGUCUGACACACCAAGUAUCUCUGGCAGGUGGUAGUCUGACACACCAAGUAUCUCUGGCAAAUGGCAGCCUAACACACCACUGACACACCAUGUAUCUCUGGCAGAUUGCAUUCUGACACACCACUGACACACCAAGUAUCUCUGGCAGAUGGCAGCCUGACACACCACUGGCACACCAAAUAUCUCUGGCAGUCUGACACACCAAGUAUCUCUGGCAGAUGGCAGCUUGAUACACCAAGUAUCUCUGGCAAUGGCAGCCUGACACACCAAGUAUCUCUGGCAGAUGGCAACCUGACACACCAAGUAUCUAUGCAGCCCAUACAGCAGUCAGCAAAUGUUGAGUCCGAUGCCUGAAAGAAAUUGUUGAUAUUAUCAGUGUUCCAUGGAUGGUAACCGGGGUGCGACAACUGGCUGUCAUUAAAGUCAAGUUCAUCUACUGCUUUCUCAAUUCCAUGAAACUCUAAAAUCACAGUAAAUAACCUAUGUGAGUCAACGCUCCUAAAAUUCAGCAGAAUUUUUUUUUUUUUUAAAGUUUGAUUUCAUGAUUUACAGAGAAUAUAUUUUAUAAUAAAGUAUAUAAAACUAUACAUUUCUGAAAAGGUCAUCCAGUUUUCUAUUUUUCAUUAAAGCAUGUUUUGUUAAAAUUAGUUUGUUGUUGUUAGCAAAAAUAAUACUCUCCUAACAUGUAUUUUAGAGUGAUUUCCCUUUGCUUAGUACUUCAGGGUGCAUUUUGGCUUUGGUGUUAAUAGCAAAUGGGUAAACAGUUUUUUUUUUUUAUAACCUGCUAGAUCAUGCAUAUCAUCGUGUGAUACUGUGUAUGGUUUCAUUAAAAAUACCUCUCUGAAGUUAACAGAUUAAAAGUAUUCAAAAUUAUAUUUUUUGUCAUCAGUUGUUAUAUGAUGCCAAAGGAUAAAGCCAUCUGAAUUUCUAGAAAGCUGCUGUAUCAUCUGAGCUUUGUACUAGCACAUUUUGAUAUCAAACGAUUUUUAUUCUAGUUCAUUUUGAUUUUAAAUUCUCAGACAUGAGAAGAUAAAUGUCUUUAACAAUUUAAAAGAUUUUUUAUUACAAAUUUCCAGCUGUACUUUGAAAACAACAUUGAGAGAGAAAAGUAUUCCGGACAUCUUUAUGGGCUGGGUCCCUUUGCUGCCAGUGCUGCCAAUGUAACAAAUGGAUCAGGAUAUGGUGAAUAUGAUGCAGCUGCUGACAAUGGUUCUCAAGGCACUACAUCAUGAUUAAAAUAUUUAAAAUGUGCAUUAUUUUUAAAAUAGAGUAUUUUGUUCAGUAUUUAUGGCAUCUCAUAAUUCCAACAAGAGAGCCAAGUGCAUUUUAAUAUGGAAGUUAGAAGUUACAUUACUGGCCUUUGUAACUAUGUUUUUUUUUUGUUGGUUUUUUACAAUGCAUAGCAUAUAAUAUUCAUAUUUGAAGUUGUUUUUUUAGCUGAAAGUGGCAUGUCAUACAUUAUCAAUUUUGAUGAUUAACGGUUUUUCUAAUACCUUACAAUAAGAAAGUCAAAUGUGUGCAGAAAAAAACAGGGCCUACAGAUAGUAGUAAAUAUGAAAAAAUAAUCAAAGAUAAUGUUUCCAAACAAAAUAUUUUUUUAACAUAGUAUUUGAUAAACAAAUUUGCAUUCAAUGUAGAUUUUAAGGGGCCAAUAAUUUUGAUUUAAAAGACAAAAAUAAUUAAAGUGAAAAAUGGUCAGCAUGUAGGUCCAGUUUCAAUUGCAUUACAAAUUGCAACUUGAAAAAUAAUUUAUCUUGUAACAAUCUCUGGUGGGCACUGUAAAUACCCACUAAGAGAGAACUAAAAAUGCAUUUUUUCUUUUACAAGCUUAUCUCAUGAAUUGUAAAUAUGUUGUUUUUUAAACAUCAUCUUUCAUGGGAGAAAUUAAAAAAUAAACCGUCUAGUGAAUAAGAAGAUUCAUUAUUUUUAUACAGUGAAUGGGAACUGAGAGAAGCUGAGGAUUCAAAGCAAAGCUUAAUCUAUAAUUAAUACAUUUUGCUGCAUGUUUUGUAAUUAGCUGACAUGUAAGCCUAAUUUGUUUUAGAACACAUUUGAAGCUAAAACAGUUGGACAUAGAAAUUUGAAUUUUUAUUUCCUUCAUUGGGAGGAUGGGUACAUGAGAAUUUGUUUAUAACUGUUCAAUGUAGUUUAGUUACUGGUGGAUUAUAUUUAUGCUGUUAAAUAUAGAGUACUCUAAAGCUGAGGUCAAAUGUCAACUGCAGAUAAGCCUUUUAAAACAAAGUAUGGUUUAACUGUUAUUCUGUAGCAGUACAAACACAUUGUCCCAGACAGUCAAAGCCUCUUAUUAUAUUUCUUUAAAAAAAUGUAAAUACAAAUUUUAAUGAAAUUAUUAAAACUCCUUUUCAAUAAAAUACAUGAAUUUUUUAACGACU